AUGACACCGACUCCUGAACCCGAAGUACACUAUACUGUGUUCGUGCGGUUGCCGUUUCCUCGUGGGGACUUCAUCGACCCUCCACCUGCCAAUUGGAACCUUGUUAAGGAUCGCGCUCUGUGGGAAAUCCUCUCGCAGCCAUCCAAAGGCAAUGAUAUAGACUGGAAAGCCAUGUAUGACACUCCUGACGCUAACUACAAAUAUAUGAUGAUUUUAACCAUUAACUUGAUCAGCGCCGAUGAUUUCAAUGUCACGCUUCCGUUCCUCCUCCAGCAAGCCGCGUGGCUUUACGACCGUCAACUAUCCCAAGUUCGAGCACAGAUGCUGAAGGUUGGCAAUACACACUCACAGUCACCAUCUCCAGCGCCUGGAAACACUCUGGGCUCGGUUUCCGGGAGUGGCGCAUUAGGUGGACAAGCUAUGAGGAGAGCAGGCAGUGGUGUUUCUCGUACCCCGUCGAGAUUAUCUGCUGUUCAGAAAGAGAGUCAACCGUCACGGGUGGAAAGUAGCUGUACGGCCGUGAAGGCUAAGGGUAAUACAACAUUCGUCUUUGAGAAUGGCCAAGGUAUACUAACAGUCCUAGCGCCAUCCGUUCGAACGAACUCUGCAAAUACGGUCACUCAGACACAGAUAACGAGUGAGACGAUAGAGAAACCAGUCGCCACCAGACCAACGCCAUUAGCUGGCCGGCUAUCACGACGCGAGAGGCCAAGCCUAGCUGUUCUUCAACACCCACCUCAAACAACUCAAGUAGUUGACGAUAGCCCGCCAUUAUCACCUGCGUCCGAUACAGAUUCGGACUUAGUGGACGACGACAAUGACGACGAAGGUGACGUGGUGACGAGUCGACGAUUCCCGGGUGUACGCCGAUUUGGCAAAUAUUCCAUGCACAAACCUAGCUUAAGAGACGACUUGGAUGACGACGACGAUGAUUCGCCGGCAUUUCUCCCUCUCCCACGUGAAAACGAAGCCGGCGCUCAACACAUGAAUUCGACACUACGACAACAGAGUAAUGUACCUGAGACAUCGCGUAGACAGAUGACAAGUUACACCCCGUCACAUCGUCGUGAGCUGGUAAGUCUCGACAGUUCUGCGAGUUCAGGUGUAGCUAUAGGUAGUCCCCGAGUGGGACCUCAACGUCCGACGGAGCCAUUCAGUCCACGACGAGUCGCCAAUCUGUCCCGGCAGAGUUCGAGACAGCCUGGCUCGGCAAAUCAAAGUAGUGAAGAGACGCCCAGUAUGGGCAGUAGUUUUAGUGACUUAGAUGAUGCGAGCGUAACGCAGUCGGCUCUGGAAGAAGCUCUUUUGAGCAAUAUGCAGCAUGGCGGAAUGGCAAGUCGAAUGAGCACAAUCAGCCAAGCGCUUCGCAGUCGGUAUUUGUGAUAUGAAGCGUAGGUUGGCAUUAUUUUCGAAGCUCACCUCUUUUUGGGUCACGUUGAAUGAAUGUAUGAUUAUGAUCCCCCGAGGUUAUCACCUCCAUACCCAGCCAUCCUAAGCAAUGUCUCGAUGUCAAAUGAUAACAGUUUUGAGCAAUAUAUUCAAAUCGGUAGAAUAUAAAUAAGUACAA